UUAUCUUUUGUUGUAGGACCCGUGAUUUACAAGGGAAUAUACCAUUUGUUUUACCAAUACCAUCCAUCUAAACCAACUUGGGGCGAUGGAUUAGUAUGGGGACACUCGACAUCAACUGAUCUAAUAAAUUGGACACAACAGCCUAUUGCGCUUUCUCCAUCAGAAACUUACGAUUUUAAGGGAAUUUGGUCAGGAUCUAUUACCAUACUUCCUGGUAACAAACCUGCUAUCUUAUACACAAGUAUUAACAAUCAAAAGUACCAAGUACAAAGUCUAGCAUUUCCUAAAGAUUUAAAUGACCCUUACCUUAAGGAAUGGUUUAAGGUACCCCAAAAUCCAGUAAUAGUUGCCACAUCCAAUGACACCAACAUUGAUCCCUUUGAAUUUAGAGAUCCAUCCACUGCUUGGCAGUUACCCGACGGUAAAUGGCGCAUCGUCGUCGGUACACAACAAGGAAAUAAUAAUGGAUCAGCAGCUCUUUACACAAGUGAGGACUUCACAAAUUGGAUUAAUGUUGGACAUCCUUUAUAUUCGACUAAAGGUACUGGGAUGUGGGAGUGUCCUGAUUUUUUCCCUGUUUAUGUUGGAGAGUCACUAGGUGCUGAUACAUCUAUUAUUGGUGACAAUGUUAAACAUGUCCUUAAGGUAAGUUUGAUUCCUAGUCAUUGUGAACACUAUACUAUUGGAAGGUACGACAUUGGUAAUGACAUUUAUAUACCAGAUCAAGGGUCGAAUGAGACUGAGUUUGGUUUGAGAUGCGAUUAUGGUAAUUAUUAUGCGUCGAAAUCGUUCUUUGAUGGUUCGACUAAUCGUAGAAUAACAUUCGGAUGGGUUAGUGAAUCUUCAACCCAAGAAGAGGCCAUAGCAAGGGGAUGGUCUGGACUACAGGGAAUCCCAAGGACUAUUGUGCUCGAUAAAUUUGGCAAACAGUUGGUGCAAUGGCCGAUCAUGGAAAUUGAAAGGCUACGACACAGUCAAGUAGAUUUUCCUUCUCAAAUAAUUAGAGGAGGAUCACUCAUCGAAAUAUUUGGAAUCACAAACUCUCAGGCGGAUGUGGAAAUUUCAUUCGAAAUACCAGAUUUAAAGAAUGCUGAGGAGCUGGAUCCAACAUGGACAAAUCCACAAAAAUUGUGCAGCAACAAAGGAGCAUCUGUUGAGGGGAGACUUGGUCCAUUUGGACUGCUAACACUAGCUUCUACGGGCUUAGAAGAAUACACUGCUGUUUUCUUCAGAAUUUUUAAAGCCCAAGACAAAUAUGUGGUCUUAAUGUGCAAUGACUUAAGCAGGUCCUCUCUAAAUCCAACUACUGAUAAACCUAGUUAUGGAACUUUUGUGGAUGUGGAUCCUGUUAAAGAGGAGCUAUCUUUAAGGACUUUGAUUGAUCACUCAAUAGUGGAGAGCUUUGUUGCUGAAGGGAAAAGUUGCAUGACUGCUAGAGUUUAUCCCACACAGGCGGUUAAUGGCAAUGCAAAAUUGUAUGUGUUCAACUAUGGAACAGAAGAUGUCAAGCUUACUAAAAUGAGUGCUUGGAGUAUGAAAGCGGCUCAAAUGAAUCUCCCAACAAAUGAACUAGGACAAUAACGAAGAGAAACAAGAUGAGUUGUUGUGACAGGUCAUUGUUUCAUUAUUUUUGAUUGAGUUUUCUAAUAUGAUAUUUAGAGGGAAUGUCACAUAAUUUUUUUGUUUGCUUAGUAAAUCGUUACGAGACCAUACUCGUCCACUAGGGUAACCUAGGGGUUUAAAGGGCUUGUUGCACAUGCUAAGUGCAAUCGUGAUUCCUACGACAGUGAGUUAAGCUAAGGUAUUUUUUAUUAUCUAUUUUUAUGGUAGAUAAUUAUAUACUUUGUUUUUCAUUACUCGAUUGCGGGUAAAAGUUAAGUAUGGAGGAAAUUGAUGACCCCAUAAUAUACAACAUUCACGUACAAUAUGUGCUUGUCAUUUUAAAGAAAUUUAGACUUUGCUAAAUUGAUGUUUAAUGAGAAAUUAGAAGAAUUUUGUUGGCACAUGCUAACUUUUUUCUCAUUUACUUUCAA